UGUGUUACGAAGCCAAACUGGUCUCAGCCGAUUUUCUGUGCGGUCAUCAAUUCUGCAUUGGCUGUGCCGCUAACUGCAGAUUUCAUACCAGCUCAAGCGGGCUCACUUGCCCUCUGUGCCGGAAGGAAGUAGUCGGCUGUGAAGAGGGCACUGGCCUGGAGGCUUACGCCCGCUGCCCCGUUGCGAUUCCGGAGGAACUCUCAGUGAAG